GAAAAGAGCGCGUAGCAUGCGUUACGUUUUUCGUAUUGCGAGUGGCAAAUUUUGAAUUUUGUUUUAUAGUUUGCGGUGUAUUUCCGGUUGACGUUGUCGCUGUCGCUGUCGUUGUCGUUGUCGUAGUCGUUUUAUGUUAAUAAAAUUAUUGCUGUUAAUGCAUUGGUAGUUGUGGUGGUAAGACUAUUGGUGCUGUGUUGGGGUGUGUGUGUGUUGAAUUAGUACUUUACGCACACGUGUGUGUAGAGUUAAUCUUUGUUGUGAGUGCGUGUGUGUGAGAGAUGGUAGCUGCAUUGAAAACGGCAAGCAAUAAAAAUAAUUAGUAAAUGCAAUGAAAUUAAAAACAAAUUAUCAUUAUAAUAUGUAAAAUUAUAGUUAACCUACAGCCCCGUGAAAUCCGCCUGCAAACUAAUUUUAUAUUAUGCAUAUUUAAAACACAAAAAAAAUCUUAACAAUAAACCGUAAAUUACACAUAAAAUAGUUAAUAAAAACUUAUCAACCUUACAAUAAUAUUGACCUAAAAUGGCCUCAAACUCACCACCAAACACUUCACCACAAGCAAUUGCCGGACAUGCAGCUGACAGCUCUUCACCAUUUCGUAAAUUAUUUGAGUCCACCACUGUAGUGACUAAACAAGAGCGGGAAUCAUCACCACAGCCUGCACAUUCGUUACAUUCACCAACGAAUACGUCAACAGUAUUACCGAGCAUAAUGGCUUCAUUUACAACGCCUGAAUGUCAACUUAACACGCCGCCACCUAUUGCAAGUACGACUGAUCAACGUGGAGAGGUGAGCCCUUCACGCAACUCACCCUGUACAGCUACGACACCCACACCAGUUGUGGCAACAAACAAUAGUAGAGCAAAUACGCCCAUAUGCGAACUUGGUUCACCCACACAUUCUGUGCCCUCCUCUACCGGUUCGGUUUCAAUUGCGCCACAACAAUUCUGCUUACGUUGGAAUAACUACCAAAGUAAUCUUACUAGCGUUUUUGAUCAGUUGCUACAAAGCGAAUCCUUCGUAGAUGUCACACUGGCCUGCGACGGUCGUUCCAUUAAAGCGCAUAAAAUGGUGCUUUCGGCUUGUUCACCAUACUUUCAAACUUUACUCACAGACACGCCCUGCCAACAUCCUAUAGUGAUAAUGCGUGAUGUUAGUUGGACAGAUUUGAAAGCGAUCGUAGAAUUUAUGUACAAAGGUGAGAUCAAUGUGAGUCAGGAACAAAUUGGACCUCUAUUACGCAUUGCGGAAAUGUUGAAAGUACGUGGUUUGGCAGAUGUGCGCGGUGGUAAUAAUUAUGAUUCCUCAGAAACUGAUAAAGAGCUCAAUAGUACCGAUAUACAGUUACAGCAACAGAAGUGUACUCCCAACAAAACAAUUUCCUCGCCACAAGGCACAACCUCAACACCAUCUCCAAAACAAGUACAGUCACGUUUACAAACUGCAGAACAACACGAUUCGGAUGCCUAUCUCGACUUCGUUGAACCUGAGAAGAAAAUGCGCCUAACACAAAGUGACUGGGAGCUUGGCAGUAGCAGUAAUAAUAAUACCACUGGUGCUGACAAAAAUCUGGAAAUGCGUCUUUCACCACUACAUCAAGCUGCGCAGGCUGCAGCACGUAACAUACGCAAACGUCGCUGGCCAUCUGUAGAUACGCUAUUUAAUCCGCCCACAAGUCCACUUAGUAGUCUAAUUGCUGCAGAACGAGCUGAGAUAGAGCGACAUCGAGAGCGUGAACGGGAGCGGGAACGUGAACGUGAGCGACAGCGCUCGUUAAUGACACCUCCGACUAUACCCACAACAAGUUGUACUGCGGAAGCUACUGCACAGCUGAGUAGUAGCACACGUCUAACACCAUCGGUAUUGGAAGCAGUUUCACGCCUUGAAAUACCAUCUCCAUCGCCCACUCCUACACCAAAUUUGCUAGCCCCGAAUCGCACCCCAAGCAGUACACUCACACCAAGCCCUCAAUUGUUACAACAACAAGGUCACUCACAUCAUCAUUCCCAAACACAUACACAUCAGCAACAUCAUCACUCACAUCGUACUUCUCCCGCCUCAUCAGCGACAUCCACAACACAUCCUUCGAGCGUGAUCAGUGGUGGACCACUAACUCCUUCAUCAGCCACCAGUGCAGUUGGACCUUCGCGUGGUGUUGAGAGCAUGCAUGCGGACUCGCGCUUUCCUUUGGGACCCGCACAAGCAGCUGCAAUGGCCGCUGCAGCCGCUGCUGCACAUAUGGAUCUAAGCACUGCUGCAGCAAUGGGUAUGGCACACCCACCUCGACCACCACCGCCGCCACCCCAUCACUCAACAUCCAUAGUUGAUGAUUUGGAAAUAAAACCCGGCAUAGCUGAAAUGAUACGUGAAGAAGAGCGGCAGCAACUGCUGUUGAUUGCAGCUACAACAACAACAACAACAACAACAGCAGCAGCAGCAAUGCUUUGUUUGAUUAAUGCACUCAGCAAACACAAAGCGUCCAUGGAUAGAUCAAUGCUUUUUAUGGCAGAUCGAUCGUUGGAAGAAGAUUGGAACAGAUGCACGUACUAA